CAUGCGUAGCAUCUAAAUGUAAACUUCCGGGUAAGCUUGCACAGGAACUAAUGCUGCUCAUCCUAUACAUUUCCUUUACAAUUAAAGUAUUUUAUCGUGAACCACGUCAAGUCAUUUCGUAAAAAAUGGCGAACAUUGUUGUAGCAUAUAUAUUUUGGCUGCUGGGUGGUCCAUUCGGCCUCCAUCAUUUCUAUUUAGGUAGAGAUAAGCACGCUUUUGUCUGGUACAUUUCGUUUGGUGGUUUGUUGCUAGGAUGGUUUCGAGACUUAUGGAGACUUCCUGAAUAUUUGUACCAAGCCAACAAUGAUCCUGCUUUUCUUCGUGAGUUUGAAGACAGAAGACAUCGGCACAAAAAGCCACCAUUUAGCGUGACGAGAUUUGCAGGGCAAUUUUGUAUUGGCAUAUUGCUUGGCUAUCUAUUUCGGCUGGCCAUUCCAGAAGGCACUUUGGGAAUGUUGCACCCUUUCAUUAGAAAGACAAUAGGUGUUCUGUUACCUCUAUUUGGUACUACUGUUGGUGUAAAGCUUGUUGCCAAUAUCGGUACCCAAUUGUGUCACUUCAAAUGGUGCUUCCUUGGUGCUGCAAUCUCCAUUCCUUGGUUGCUUAGCGACCAGCCUCCAAUUGCAGGGACGGCAUUGUUUGCUUCGAUAUCAGCUUCAUGCAAAACAGAAUGGGAUACUUCCAAGGUCCCUCCAAGAGGGGCCUGUAAAUGUGUUAAACGAGCACUGGUUUUCGGACUUUGUUGUAGUCUUUACUUAUCUCUAUGGUGUUCAGUGAUAGCCUUUAACGUUCAGAUAGAUUAUAAUGGUGAAAAAAUAUCAAUCAGUGAAGCUGUGGGAAACUUUUUUAAGUCUCCCGCAUGGAAAGAUUUUAGAAAGUCUGUCGGACUGCUUUAUGAAUUUUGUCAGCAACACGGUUGGGAACAUUGUUACAACGAGUUCUUAAAGCAAGUUGACCCCAGUGGGGAGCGAAAUGCAUAUGAAUUAUUGGAGUUAGAUAACGGGGCUUCAGAAGAGGAAAUCCGAUCACAAUGUCGUAAGGCACUGCGUAAGUGGCACCCGGAUAAGGCGCGGUCAGAAGAAGAGAAAAAGAUUGUGGCGGAGAAGUUCAUGGAAGUACAACAAGCGUGCGAGCUACUAGACAAAAUGCGUAAACGUAGAAAUGAACGGAACUUGAAGUCAGAUACGUCACCCAAGGAUAAACAGCCUAAACAUACCGAGUUCUAAUUCUCAGAUGCAUAUAUGUGAAUAUACUCUGUUACAAAAUGUGAUUUUUGUGUAUGUUGUGGUCACAUUCACAACACAAAUUUUUAUUUACUGUUUUUGUUGAAGAUAGCUUGAGUGUGUUAAGCCAUUUGAAAUUGCACUUUUCUUCUUGUAUCGUGAUUUCAGUAGUCAACUUUAUUUCAAACAGGGCCACAGCACUCUUAAACAGUUACUGAAUUGGUUGAGAUUUAUAUAUAUUUACUUCAAAACAUAUAUAUGUCAAUAGACUUUAAAACAUUACUUAAGUCUAUUACUCUAUAUUAGUGUUUUUAAGAAAGUAUCCUUAAAACCACACACCUUGAAAUGAAAUACAUGUUAAUCAAUACAUAUAGAUGCAAUUUGAAAGUGCGCAAAAUUGUCAUUAAAUCUAUAGCCUUGUUAGCAAGUAAUUUAUUAUUAUUUUUUAUUUUAAACCAAAAGUAGGAUAAGUCAAUUUCGACAAUCGCGAUUAUUUUUAAGUUUUAAAGCGCAAAAAAAGACGGAUUUCUAACUUGUUACCACCAGAUAUGUUCUAAUCGGCAAAGAUAAAAUUAAAUCUAAGGCCUAGUUAGCAAGUAAUUUAUUAUUUAUUUUCAAAAUGUACCGCUGUUAAAACCGAAAGUAGGAUUUUUAGACUUAUACGUCCAUUUCGAAAAACACGAUAAUUUUAAAGUUUUAAAGCGCAAAAGAGACGAAUUUCUACCUUGUAACCACUAGAUAUAUUCUAAUUGGCAUAGAUAAAAUAUGUUUCUUAAUUAUACUUUAAUUUACUGUGCCAUGUAUUUUAUUUCAAGGUGUGUGGCUUUAAGAAUAUUCACCCAGAACUUUUUCUGAUUUGAUGGAUUUCUUGCUUUUUUUCAAUCAUUAAUUACAUAAUCACAUUUUAGAUUGCCAUAAAAAGCAUUUAAAUCCUAACAUAAUUUGGGUAUGAUUUGGGGAUUUGCUUUAUUAUAAAUACCAACUAGAAAGGAGAAAUUGUGCCAUGUUUUUCAUACAUAUUGUUUUAACACUUAACUUAUGUGUGUUAUAAAACUGAAAAAUGUGUGUAAAAAGUGAUGCCUAUGUUAUUUAUUGUACUCUAAAUUUUGCAUUUUACCAGCAUUUCAUUACUGGUUGCUGACAAAUAUUAGGGAACAACUGUAAUAUACUUAAUGAUAGUAGACUUGUCAAUUGUUCACCUACAUAUAAUAUCAGAAAUACGCAGCUUGUCAGCAAAGAUCACACUAUUAUUUUAUUGUGUUCAGAUGAAGUUCUCAGCAGACACUGACAAUUCUGUUUUUAUGAAAUGUAAUUUAUGUAUUUUUUCUGUUUAUGUUUUUGUAAUUGCUAGUUACAUGAGUCAUGUUUGUAUCAUCUUGGUUUUAUGUGUGUGUGUUUUUUCUCCGCUAGAAACGGUGUAUACUUUGGCAUAUUAGACAGUUACACUUCCAUUGUCAAGUGUUGUACUUAUAAACCAGUAUUUGUUAUUGACCAUACACAAAAUGGAAACAUUUGCGCUUUCCAUAUUAACCCAUUUAUGCCUAGCGUCUAGAAAAAAGGCCUUGGCAAACAGCGUAGACCCAGAUGAGAUGCCGCAUGAUGCGGCGUCUCAUCAGGGUCUUCGCUGUUUGCUUAAAGGAAUUUCUUGUAAGAAAAAUUCUAAAUAUAGAAAUAAAUGAACUAGACAUCCCUAACUUUGGAAAUAAAUUGAUCCCAUUUAAAAGGAUAGGAGAGUCCACUAAGCAUAAAUGGGAUAAAUGUCAGUAUAUUUAGCAAUAUUCUGAAUGUGCUCAUACCAAAACAUACGAGAAUACAAAACAUAACUAUGUUUUUUGAUCUUGCAAAUAUUCAUUAACUUAAAGGUACGUUCUAGUAUAUGAUGCACAAUACAUUUGGUAUCAGAGUAAUAACCAGGGUGCAAUAAUAAAGUUGUAUCAACACGUGUAUGGCUGGACAACUCAAUUUUAAAAAGUUGGGUACCAUAACAUGUUUUGUAUUUACAAUAGUGACAACAUGCACCAUAAAACACAAUGGGAAGAUAUCUCAUAGUUUUGGUAAUAUAUCUCUCAUAAAUGAAAUCUCACUUUCAUUUUGUCAAAGCUAUGUUGUCAUAUAAUAUUGAUUUUAGAAGUAUUUAUUUCAGUCGGCAAUUUUUUGCCAUAAGUGUCUAUCAAAUAAACUGUUUGUUUACGAGUGUUUUUGUAAAUGCUUCUCUUUUCUUUUGUAAAAGUGCCACUUUUAUACAAAAUUAAAAAUCAAAAUCUGUGUUGUACCUUAAUGAAAUGGUGUUUAUGCCCCCAAUUGCAUUUAGCCAUGGCACUCUUCGUGUCAGCAAUAACUUUGACAUAUUUUGAUGGAUUGUAACAUACGUUGGCGCAAAAUGUUAAGAAUCAAAAGACCACAUGAAGGAAUUAACACUCCUUUCCCUACCACAAAGUUCAAGGUCACACUUACAGGUUAAACUAUAAUUGUAACAGUUCUGAUUAUAGUAUUUUCAUGCCCCCAUAACAUUGGCCAUAACUUUUGCAAAAUUGAAGAUACCAGCUUGAUAAUUGGCAUGCAUGUGUAUCUCAUGGAGCUGCACAUUUUGAGUGAUGAAAGGUCAAGGUCAUUCUUCAAGGUCAAUGGUCAAAUAUAUGGGGGGGGGGGGCAUAGUUUUUCACAAACACAUCUGGUUAAUAUUAACAUGGCCCUUUCUUGUGGUUUGUCAGAGUAGAAAUUUCCCAAAUAUCUGCCAAUAUGGGAGUUCAACAGAAGAUUUCUACCUACCAUGGAAUCAUAUACAUAUUUUUGUGUGUGAAUUGUUUGUAAGUAAAUUUGUAUGAUUUCAUUUGUUUAUGCCUAUACAGCAUAAGGUGAUGCAAACUUAUUUGUUUAACUUGAUGUGUCAUUUUGUCACCAAAGUAGUGUCUGUCUUCAUUUAUUUUUAGUGUUUUUAAAUUUGUAUGCCCCCAAAGGAGGGCAUAUAUUGAUCGCACUGUCCGUCUGUCUUUCCGUCACACUUUUGCGUUAGGUUUUGAAUGAAAUUUGGUAUGCAUGAGUAUAUGAACAAGGCCUUUCCAUACGCACACACAUCUUGACCCCUUUGACCUUGACCUUAGGGCCCGCGUUAAGUUUCGAAAUCUGCGUUAAGGUUUCGAAAAAGCGUUUUUCGUGGGCAUAUGUCUUCCGAUGGAGACAGCUCUUUUUAGUAUUUUCAUAUAAGCUUUUGUUUUUGUUAAAAAUAAAUAAAAUAUAUGUAUCACUUUGUA